AUAUGCAUAGCCGCAGCCGCCAACGUGUUAGCUAGCGCGUGUAUUUUAUUUUAUUUAAAAGAGUAAAACUGAUUUUGUGUUAAAGAUGAGUAAAGAUACAAUAGAUUUGGACCGGAUUUUGCAGCAGUUGGGCCCGUUCGGGAAGUACAAUAUUGUGAACUAUGCAUUAUUAUUGUUUCCCAUUUAUUUGGCGGGAAUGUACGGUUCCGUGUUUGUGUUCGAGGCCAGCGAUAUAAAUUACAGAUGUAAAACAGAACAAUGCGAAGGGCUCAACGACACAAGCUGGCUAACCAGCGCUAUACCUCUUGAGGGCGACCGAUUAUCCAAAUGUAAGAGGUAUGCAGCUAUAGUCGGCAACGAGACCUGCAGUGCUGCGGCUUUUAAUACGAACAUCACUAUAGGAUGCGAUGCGAUACAGUACAGCAAUGAGGAUUCAGUAGUCAGAGAUUUUGACCUAGGAUGCCAAAACUGGAAGAGAACAUUAAUCGGGACCAUCCACAACUCAGGGCUAUUCGUGUCCCUUCCACUCACGGGAAUAAUGUCCGACAGAUUCGGGAGGAAAAAGGCUUUAGCCGUCGCAUCCCUCAUGAAUGGGAUAUUUGGAUUCGCCAGAUCUUUUUCUGUCACUUACGUCAUGAUGGUGGUGUUUGAGUUUUUGGAAGCAGCACUGGGAGCAGGGGCAUACACUACUGCAUUUGUUUUAGCAAUGGAGCUGGUGGGGCCUAAAGGCCGAGUCUUUGGCAACACCUUAAUUAACUUCAUAUUCACCUUCGGCUUGAUGACUCUACCUGGCCUGUCUUGGUGGCUCCAAGACUGGAGACAGCUUCUAAGAAUCAUAUACGCCCCAGCCAUGUUGGUUCUGGCCUACAUCUGGUUGCUGAACGAAAGUGUGCGAUGGUUGUUGAGCAAAGGACGCAGCGAGGAAGCCAUAGAAAUCCUCGAAAAAGCUGCCAAAAUGAACAAUGUUGAUAUCUCCGAAGAACUUAAUCCAAUAUUCGAAAUGAAAGUGCCUGAAUCUCAAGAAACUAAAAAAGUAGACACAGAAAACGACGGAACGUCUACUUUUGUAAAAGUGCUCAAAUCUAGGAUUAUAAGGACAAGAGUGAUCGUGUGUUCAUUUUUGUGGAUAACAUGUACUUUUGUGUAUUACGGACUUUCUAUCAAUUCAGUGGGGCUAGGGGGUAACAAGUAUGUGAACUUUAUGUUAGUUGGGUUUGUGGAGAUUCCAGCGAAUUUUGCGUGUUUAUUAGUAUUGGACAGGUUUGGGAGGAAGAAGAUUUUGAUAAUAAUGUACAUAUUGAGUGCUUGCCUGUGCAUCGGUCUAUCAUUUAUACCAAAAGACCAAAAACUCCUGUCUCUCAUAAUAUACCUUUCUGGAAAAUUCUCGAUCACGGUGGCGUACAGCUCCGUGUACAUCUACGUAUCCGAAUUGUUUCCGACAAGCGUCCGACAGUCUCUACUGGCGAUCUGUUCCUCGCUGGGCCGAGUCGGUUCGACGUUAGCUCCACUCACACCUCUGCUGGCCCUAUACUACGACAACCUGCCGUCCAUCUUCUUCGGUAGCCUCGCGCUGACCGCCAGCGCCAUGGUUCUCAUCCUACCGGAGACCCUCAACGUGCCGCUACCAGACACCAUUGAGGAGGCCGAACGGCUGGCGAGGCCGAAAAGUAUCAGUGGAGAGUAAAUAGUCUAUC